AUGCCCCGGCGACAGAAGCUGCGAAACGGCACCUGGAUCAUUCCUGGCACCGGCGAGCGGACGCGCCGCCAGUUCACCCUCCGAGAUGCCUUCACCGAUGGCUCCGGCGACUACGAGAUGCGCUCCCUCGUCGAGCAGGAGACCGCCAUGGAGAGGAUGCAGGCCGCCAUGCACAACGGCCUGGUUGUCGCCCGCAACCUGUGGGAGUGGUUCAAAUCCCCCAAGGGACGGGGCACCUUGAAAUGCUCCGUGGCCUACCUGCUGGCGAGCUUGUGGACCUUCUAUGCCCCAUUCGCGGCGGCGCUCGGCCCCAUGGACGGGAAACACAUCGUUGCCACCAUCACCGUGUACUUCCACCCGGCCAGGACUGCAGGCUCGCAGGUCGAGGCGGUCGCUUGUGCCGUCGUGGCCGUCCUGUACGCCAUGUUCAUUGGCACCUUGUCCAUGGGAACAUCGGUCCUCGUCGGGUCCGUCUGGGAUCAGGUCAAGCUGUCGUAUGCCCUGAUUCUGAUCGUCUUCAUCGGCGGCGGCCUGGGAUUUGUCGGCUGGGUGAAGCAGAGGUUGAACAACCCUCUCGUUAGUGUCGGUGCCAGUAUAGCGUCCAUUGGUAUCAUCACCAUCGUAACCAAGGAGAACUCAGUCCACACCGGCGUUUUCACCAACCAAAAGAUCAUCCAAUCUCUCAAGAUCCUGCUCAUAGCAACCACCACAUCCACCUUGGUCAACCUCCUGCUGUGGCCCGUCUCGGCACGGUUUGGUCUCCGGAAUGCGAUGAGGAGUGCCUCGGUCAAUCUUGGCGAAAUGCUGUCCAUGAUCACGGGAGGGUUCCUAAGCGGUGCUGAGGAAGACUUGUCCUCAAAGGGCUUCGCCAAGACGUCGGCUUCUUUUACCUCCACGUUGACGACCAUGAACAAGCAUCUGCGGGAAUCCAAGUACGAAUACUAUCUACUGGGCCGCGAGGAGAUCUACAAACAAGACAAGGCUGUUGUGAGGUCGAUGGAACGGCUCGCCCAGUCUCUUGGGGGGCUGAGAAGUGCUGCCAAUACCCAGUUCGAGCUUCUGAAGGAGAAGACAGACGGCCUUUUCGGGAAUCAAACAGCAUCGCCCGGCGCGGAUGCUUUCAUCCCUUCGCCCGGCCGGACGACGCCGGGGCAUUUCAAGAGCAGCAGCAGAUUUGCGGUGCUGUCGGCCAUCGAUGAAGCUCCGGAUGAGCGCAGUGAUAGGGAAGACGAGCCGACACCACUGAGCGAGAGCUAUUUCGACCCGAGCAUCAUGUCCCCAGGAGCUUUCAGGUCACCAUCCGAUAUAUUCGAGUUGUUCAUCACCCGCCUUGGCCCUUCCAUGAAAUCGCUUGUUCACACGCUAUCGGAGAUCCUGCGAGACCCCCCAUUCGGUGCCCCUGGCUCACCAAUUACCGUAAACGAGAAUUUCAAGCAGAGUGUUUCUGACGCCAUAGCCUUAUUCAACAGCCAAAGAGGCAAGGCACUCGAGGAGUUAUACAGGGUCAUCGAACUUGAAAAGUCGAGACCGGAGAAUGUGCAAGCCGACUACGAGGAGGUAGCGGCAGCAUGUGGGCACUUUUCAUUUAGUCUCCUUAGUCUGGCCGACGAGAUGCAAAGGUAUCUGGAUUCUCUCGACGACUUGAAGUACGUUACCGAGCAGGACAAGCGGACUUGGAAUUUCCUGAAACUCUGGAGAUACAUUCCCUUUAGGUCCAAGUCUGACCCGCGGGACCCCGAGCAGCUGUCUCUGGUGCCCCCAGUCAGACCGUUACGAAGAUCCAAGAUGCCCAGUGGCAUACCAGAUAGUAUGACUCGCCCGCGUGAUACGUUUGCUUGGGAUGCCGAACCUCAAGUCAGUGCCGCCAGGAAGUGGAUCUCUCAGCAUCUCUUGCAACUAUUCCGCUUUCUCGCUAGGGACGAUGUUCGUUUUGGCUUAAAGGUUGGCAUAGGAGCUACUCUUUACGCCAUGUUUGCCUUCAUUCCCGAGACGAGACCCAUUUACCAGCAUUGGCGAGGCGAAUGGGGUCUACUGUCGUUCAUGAUUGUUUGCAGCAUGACUGUCGGCGCCUCGAAUACCACAGGCUUUGCCAGAUUUGUCGGUACUCUUAUGGGGGCUGGCUUUGUGAUCAUCAGCUGGUGGAUUUCAGGAGGUGACGCGAUCCCGCUCGCAAUCUUCGGUUGGGCAGUGUCGUUCCUCGCCUUUUACAUCACCAUUGAUCGAGGCAACGCGCCGUUCGGUCGGUUCAUCCUCCUCACCUACAACGUAUCUUCACUCUACGCCUAUUCGCUAACCCAGAAGGUGGACGAUGAUGAUGACGAUGAAGGCGGGCUUCACCCUGUCAUUCAAACAAUUGCCUAUCACAGAGUCGUCGCUGUUUCCCUUGGUAUUCUCUGGGGUCUCAUUGUAUGCCGCGUGAUAUGGCCGGUCUCUGCCCGUCGCAAAUUCAAGGAUGGCGUUUGCGUCCUGUAUCUGCAAAUGGGCCUAAUAUGGAAGCGAGGCCCACUUGCUAUCCUGCUCCGCAGCGAUGCUACCGACAGCUAUAUGAAGAUGGGCGAGCAGGCUGCGAUGCAGCGCUACGCCAACCAGCUACAGACUCUUCGGGCCUCUGCCGCUAAUGAGUACGAGCUCCGAGGGCCGUUUCCUACACAAGCCUACGCCCGCGUCAUGGCCUCAACCCAGCGCCUGCUCGAUGCUUUCCAUGCUAUGAGCUUGGUGACGCAAAAGCAUGGGAGGCUAAGCGAAGGAGAAAAGGCCCUGCUGUACCACACGGCCCACGAGCGUGCCGAGCUGUGCUCCCGUAUAUGCCACGUCUUCCAGGUGUUGGCCAGUAGCAUCAUGCUCGAGUACCCUCUCACGGACGCAAUUCCUAGCGUGCUCGGUACCCGAGACAGACUGCUCGGCAAAAUAUUCCGAUUCAGAAAAGAACACAAUGGCGGCUGGGAGGAGGCCGGUGAGAACAUGAAGCAGAAUCAGAACGGCAAUGGUAAGGGCACGAGCACCAUGCUAGGCGCCAUGGGAGAAGUCCCCAAGCUCGGAAACAUUACCAUUGAAGAGCCAGAUUAUGCUCUUUUGUAUGCAUACGCUCUGGUUACUGGCCAGGUCGCCAAGGAACUCAAAAACGUAGAGACAGAAGUCGAAGCUCUUUUUGGGAGAUUGGAUGAGGAUGCGAUGCUCCUGCAGUAA